UUACCUUACUCGGGUUUGGGUUUGGGUUUUGUCUUUUGGUAGGCUUCAGCGGCGCAUUUUCAGAACAAUAACCUGGCCGUCAGUUUCCACCAUGCGGAGCUUCAGGAUGAGAACCCUGUUGUCCCGUGUGAAGAGGAGAACAAAGAAAACUAUCAGAAACCGAAAAAUAACCAUAGGAAACUGCAUUUCCAUAUCAAAAGAGUUAGCACGUGUAGUGGAACAAAAACAUGAAGAAGAAGAAGAUGUUGUUGAGGAAGGUUUCAGCAUCAAAAGUUCUGCUCCUUCACACACUCACGGUGUUCAGCCCUUGGGAAAUCUCUAUCUCAACUCCAGUUCCGUUAACUCUAGAGACACCGGCUUAGGUAAUCUUCAUACUCUUUCGGAUGAGCUUGUUCUUGACAUGCUUGGGUUUUUGGAUGCUUCUUCCUUGGGGGUUUUGGCCGCUGUGAGCAAGUCUUUCUACGUGUUCACCAACCAUGAACCCUUUUGGAAGAAUCUCGUGUUGAAGAACUUUCUAAGUGGGUUUCAGUACAAAGGGUCUUGGAAAUCUACCUAUGUUACGGCCUGUUACCCUUCAUUCGGUAACUCUGCUAUUGCUCUCGGGGGUUUCAAAGUUAGAGACUUUUACUCCGAUUAUCUUUUCCAGAGUUGGCUCUGUGCUAACCUUGAAAUGAAGCCUGAGUGGUUGGAGAGGGAUAAUGUGGUUCGAAAGAGGGGAAUUUCGGUUGAGGAGUUUGUGUUGAAUUUUGAGGAAACUAAUAGGCCGGUGUUAUUGGAAGGGUGUAUUGAUAAUUGGAGUGCAUUGGGAAAUUGGGAUAGGGAUUAUUUGGUAAGAUUGUGUGGUGAUGUUAAGUUUUCAGUUGGGCCAGUGGAGAUGAAACUUGGAGAUUACUUUGGGUACUCUGAUCAGGUUAGAGAGGAAAGGCCUCUAUAUUUGUUUGAUCCUAAAUUUGCUGAAAAAGUUCCAAAAUUGGGUGAUGAAUAUGAAGUUCCAGUGUACUUUAGGGAAGAUUUGUUUGGUGUUUUGGGUAAUGAGAGGCCAGACUACAGGUGGAUUAUUAUUGGACCUGCAGGGUCUGGAUCCUCUUUCCACGUUGAUCCAAAUUCGACCUCAGCUUGGAAUGCAGUGAUCAAGGGAUCCAAGAAAUGGAUUUUGUUUCCUCCUGAUGUGAUUCCGCCUGGUGUUCAUCCUAGUCCUGAUGGGGCCGAUGUUGCAUCUCCUGUUUCAAUAAUUGAAUGGUUCAUGAACUUCUAUGGUGCAACCAAAAAUUUGAAAAGGAAACCAAUUGAGUGUGUGUGUAAAGCUGGAGAGCUCAUCUUUGUGCCUAGUGGAUGGUGGCAUUUGGUGAUCAACCUGGAGGAGUCUAUCGCCAUAACCCAAAACUAUGUUAGUAGGAGAAAUUUGGUAAAGGUCUUGGAUUUUCUUAAAAGGCCAAAUGCUAGCACACUAGUAUCUGGAACAAGGGAUCGAGUGAAUUUGUAUGAUAAGUUUAAGAAUGCUAUGGAGGCUUCUUUUCCAGGAGAAAUUGAUGAAUUGACUCGGAAAGAAGAAGAGAGAAAGAUCCAGCAAAGGAAACUUUCCUUUUGGGAUUCUGUCGCAGAUGCUAAUGCAGGAGCUUUCAAGUUUUCUUUCUAGAGAAAUGUACUGUAUUGCUGAUCCUUGUUUCAGAAAGAUGCUAUACCUCAAUUUUUUCCAUUUUGAUUACUUUUUCAUUGAUUGUUUUUGUACGGUUUAUAUUCCUUUUUUAAAUGCUAUAAAGGGCAUUACAGUCUUCCAGUU